AUGGAAAGCAGGUGUGGGACAGUCUACACACAGCCCGUCUACACGCAGCCCGUCUACACGCAGGCCGUCUACACGCAGGCCGUCUACACGCAGCCCGUCUACACGCAGCCCAUCUACACACAGCCCGUCUACACACAGCCCGUCUACACGCAGCCCGUCUACACGCAGGCCGUCUACACACAGCCCGUCUACACACAGCCCGUCUACACGCAGCCCGUCUACACGCAGGCCGUCUACACGCAGGCCGUCUACACGCAGCCCGUCUACACGCAGGCCGUCUACACGCAGCCCGUCUACACGCAGCCCGUCCAUGUGCAGGCCGUCUACACGCAGCCCGUCUACACACAGCCCGUCUACACGCAGCCCGUCCAUGUGCAGGCCGUCUACACACAAGCCGUCUACACGCAGCCCGUCUACACACAGCCCGUCCAUGUGCAGGCCGUCUACACGCAGCCCGUCUACACACAGCCCGUCUACACACAGCCCGUCUACACACAGGCCGUCUACACACAGCCCGUCUACACGCAGCCCGUCUACACGCAGGCCGUCUACACACAGGCCGUCUACACGCAGCCCGUCUACACGCAGCCCGUCCAUGUGCAGGCCGUCUACACACAGCCCGUCUACACACAGCCCGUCUACACACAGGCCGUCUACACACAGCCCGUCUACACGCAGGCCGUCUACACACAGGCCGUCUACACACAGCCCGUCUACACGCAGCCCGUCUACACACAGCCCGUCUACACGCAGCCCGUCUACACGCAGCCCGUCCAUGUGCAGGCCGUCUACACACAGCCCAUUUACACACAGCCCGUCUACACGCAGCCCGUCUACACACAGCCCGUCUACACGCAGCCCGUCUACACACAGCCCGUCUACACGCAGCCCAUCCACGCGCCGCAGCACGUCCUUGUGCAGCCUGUCCACGCAGAGUAUGUUCCCCAGCCCCCAUUCACCCUGGGAGUCGUCCCCACUGCUGGAUGUCCCUCCUGA